GCGUGCCUAAACUCUGCCAGGCCCCGGCCCGUACGCGAGUGCUUGAGGUUCCCCCUGCGGCUAAGGAAGCCUUUGCUGGCGGAGAGGUGCCGAAGCACUCAUGGGGCUGGUUCCGCGCUCCCCCCACCAGGCGGGGCGCCGGUUCCCAGCUGGUGGCAAAAGAGGGCGCGGAGCCAAGGGCUCGGGGCGCCCCCCACCAGGCCGCCAGCGACAACCCUGCCCGCCUCCGGAUGGGCGCUCAGAGCCGGCUCCGGAUGCGCACCCUCACCUGAGCCCAGAAGCUUUGGGGUAUUUCCGCCGGGCGCUAUCCGCGCUGAAAGAGGUCCCCGAGACGGGAGAAGAACGAGAGCUGAUGGUGCACAAUGUUUUGAAAGAAGUGGAGGCUCAGGCCCUAGCGUUGGCCACAAACAGGGCUGGUAGUGAGAUGCUGCAGGAACUGUUGGGGUUCAGUCCCCUGAAACCGCUGUGUCGAGUAUGGGCUGCUCUGCGGCCCAACUUGCGCUUUGUGGCCUGUCAUCGAUGUGGGGUCCAUGUAUUGCAAAGUGCUUUGCUGCAGCUGCCUCGAUUGCUAGGGAACCCUGCAGAGGAGGAGGAGGAGGAGGAUGGGAAGGAUGGUCCUUUGGAGACCCUGGAGGAGCUGGGCCUGGGACUAGCCGCUGAGGUGUGUGAUGAUUUUCUUUUCUACUGUGGAGACACACAUGGCAGCUUCGUGGUCAGAACUUUGCUGCAGGUAUUGGGAGGGACUCUUCUGGAGUCUGAGAGAGCCAGGCACCGUGGCUCCCAGUUACCUGAAGCACAAAGGGCCCCAUCUCGGGAAUGUAAGGCAACCGAUUUCGAGGUCCCUGAAACCUUCUUGAAUUGUCUUCAGAACCUGAGCUCCUGCUUUCUGAAGGACAUUGCUGUGUUUAUCACUGACAAGAUCUCCAGCUUCUGCCUUCAAGUAGCCUUACAGAUCUUACACCGCAAGCUGCCCCAGUUUUGUGCCCACCUCUGCAAUGCUGUGAUGGGCUACUUGAGUAGCCGCAAUUCCUCAGCAGAUGGCAGUCCCCUACUGCUAUUUCUGCGCGAUCAGACGAGCUCCAGACUCCUGGAGCAGGUGCUGCUGGUGUCGGAGCCCCCAAGGCUCCAGAGCCUCUUUGAGGAUCACUUCCAAGGACAGCUGCAGACCCUGGCUGCACAUCCUAUUGCUAACUUCCCUUUGCAGCGUUUCCUGGAUGCUAUCACCACUCCUGAGCUGCUGUCCCCCGUGUUUGAGGAGCUAAGCCCUGCCCUGGAAGCUGUGCUGGCUCAGGGUCACUCAGGGGUAGUCAUUGCCCUGGUCGGGGCCUGCCACAGAGUUGGGAUCCACCAAGCCCAGGUCCUACAGCUGUUGUUGGAGGCGUUCCACUGUGCAGAGCCCUCUUCCCGGCAAGUGGCCUGUGUGCCUCUCUUUGCCACUUUGAUGACUUAUGAGGUGUACUAUGGACUGGCAGAGGAGGAGGGGGCAGUGCCCGCAGAGCACCAGGUAGAAAUGGCCACUGCCAGGGACCUGGGGGAAGUGACAGUCCUUGGGUCUCUACUGCUCCAGCAUUUGCUGCACUUCUCCAGUCCUGGUAUUAUACUUCGAAGUUUGGGUGCCUUGACAGGACCACAGCUUCUGACUCUGGCCCAAAGCCCUGCUGGUUCCCAUGUGCUUGAUGCUGUCCUGACCAGCCCCUCCGUGACACGCAAGCAGCGCCGCCGGGUGCUGAAGACCCUAAAGGGACAGUAUGUGGCUCUGGCCUGUAGUCGCCACGGCAGCCGUGUGCUUGAUGCCAUCUGGAGUGGGGCAGCCCUUGGGGCCCGGAAGGAAAUUGCUGCUGAGCUGGGGGCACGGAACCAGGAGCUGAUAAGGGACCCUUUUGGCCACCAUGUAGCUCGAAACGUGGCCCUGACUACCUUUCUGAAGCGGCGAGAGGCUUGGGAACAGCAGCAGGGGGCGGUGGCCAAGCGGAGGCGGGCCUUGAACUCAAUACUUGAAGACUAAGGCCUUUGGAUCUGGGACUGGGUGUUCAUGGGGCACGGGGAAACGGAGUAUCUAUCCUGUCCUGUUCCUAGUUUAAACUGGAGUCAAAAGUCUUAUUGAUAAACAUUUUUAUAUUUUUACUGGAAA